AAUUGAACCCAACUGCUACUGUGGCUCACACAUAUCGUGCUUGGUCUUCUCCUUCGGCCACAACUCUGCACGCAUCUUUGAUUUUUGAAGCUAAUUCUGUUCAUCAGAGCUAUACUUUUUGUUGUUUCCGACUUUCUGCUAGAGUGAUUGGUCAUAGUAUUGUCUGCUAAUGGCUGGCCAGAAGAAUGACUACGAGAAAAGAUCUCAUUAUCAACCUGACUUCCCUGGAAGUGAAGGAGGUAAGAGAACAAAUCCUGUUGAUGAGAGGGAGUCACAUGCUAUUGGACCAGAAGAUACAGUGUACCGAUACUUGUGCCCUGGUAGAAGAAUUGGAAGUAUUAUUGGCAGGGGAGGAGAAAUUGUGAAGCAACUGAGAUCAGACACCCAGGCAAAGAUUAGAAUUAAUGAAUCCGUGCCUGGCUGUGAGGAACGUGUUGUCAUUAUCUAUAGUUCAGGUGAGGAAACAAAUAGUUUUGGAGAUAGCGAUGAUCUUGUUUCACCUGCUCAGGAUGCUCUCUUUAAGGUGCAUGAUAGGAUUAUUGCUGAAGAAGCACCUACUGAUGAUGAACUUGAUGAGGUUCAGCAAGUUACUGUGCGAAUGCUUGUUCCUUCUGAUCAGAUUGGAUGUGUGAUUGGCAAAGGUGGGCAAGUUGUCCAAACCAUACGUAGUGAAACCCGCGCCCAAAUUCGUAUUCUGAGUAGGGAACACCUGCCAAACUGUGCGUUGAGUACCGAUGAGCUUCUCCAGAUAAGUGGUGAAGCUACAGUUGUUAGGAAUGCCCUCUAUCAAUUGGCAUCUCGCCUUCAUGAUAAUCCAUCGCGGUCACAGCAUUUAUUCUUGUCCUCAUCCAAUCUUCAUAGAGCUGGUGGCGGCUACGUGGGCCCAAAUUCUGGUCCUCCUCUUAUGGGUGUGGUUUCUUUAAUGGGUCCUUAUGGGAGCUACAAAAAUGAUGGGGGCGAUUGGGCAGCCUCUGCAAAGGAAUUCUCACUUCGUUUUGUUUGUCCAACUGAGAAUAUUGGCGCUGUGAUCGGCAAAGGUGGUGUAAUUAUCAAACAAAUGAGGCAAGAAUCUGGUGCAUCCAUCAAAGUUGAUAGUUCUGCUGCUGAAGGAGAUGAUUGUCUGAUAACCGUAUCUGCAAAAGAGGUAUUUGAAGAUCCAUCACCAACAAUAGACGCAGCAAUGCGUUUGCAGCCACGAUGCAGUGAGAAAAGUGAAAAGGAUUCUGGAAUUUAUGUACUCACCACUCGCUUGCUAGUCCCAAGCUCAAGAAUAGGAUGUUUAAUUGGUAAAGGUGGCUCGAUUAUUUCUGAAAUGAGAAGCCUAACGAGAGCAAACAUUCGUAUUCUAAGCAAUGACAAUCUCACCAAAGUUGCAUCCGACGAUGAAGAGAUGGUCCAGAUCUCAGGAGACAUUAAUGUUGCUAGUAGUGCUCUCUUACAAGUAACCACACGCUUAAGAGCCAAUGUAUUUGAGAUGGAAGGCACUAGAGCGGCGCUACCACCUGCUAUCCCUUUUCUUCCCAUGUCCAUGGACAUGCCAGAUGCAUCAAGAUACGGAAACCGUGAUGGUAAUUCCCGUGGACGUGGACAUGCUUCUCACUCCGGCAGAUAUGAUCCAGAGUUGCCUUCGGCUGACAAUUAUGGCGGUUCCCAGAUUCCUGUAAGUGGUUAUGGAUCAUAUGGUGUUUACUCCGGACGCUCUGCUAGUGGCGGUCAUUUCUCUCAUUUCACUAGGUUAUCUAGUUCAAAUCCUGUUUCCCAAGGGAAGCAUCAUGGCUAUUAAGUUUCUGGGUUCUGUUGCCUUAAGCCAUGAACUGUGAUGCCUCCAGCCUAAACCAGACGAGUAGACGAAAAGGACACAAGUACAUUGUAAUUAUGCUUUGUUUCUUAAUUAGGGGAGAUUGUUUGUUAGACAAAACUUAUCGCCUUCUUCCUAGAUACCAUAAUCUCUGAACUCCGUGCCUGGAUGACAUUCGUACAAUAGGGAAAUACUUUUAUUUUUUUCCUUGUAAAUUUCAUAACAGUAAUCAUGGUUGGUUUUUUCGUU